AUGAACGUAUAUCAAGUUUCCUUAACUAUUUUUUUAGCAUGUGGUGUUCAAGCUCUCAGGUGUAAAAGACUAUCAGUUCCAGAUUGUGGACUUAAGCAUCCAAAUCUGGAAGAGUUAAGACAUCCAAAAUUGGAUUAUCCUUGGCAUGUAGCAAUUUUCAAAAACUAUUAUAAAAAAGAUUUAUAUAGUUGUGGAGGAACCUUAAUAACACCAAAAAUUGUUGUGACAGCUGCCCACUGUGUAACAUUGGAAAAAGGCGAUGAAAUAACUUCUUCACCAGAUGAUUUUACUGUUUUUGCCGCAAAGUAUUACCUUGAUGGGGACGAUGCAAAUGUACAGUCUUCGAAAGUCAGGAAAAUAAUACCAUCAGAAAAGUACCAAGGGGCUUCAUCCAACUUUGGUUUUGAUAUAGCAUUACUUGUUUUAACCAAAGAAUUUAAAUUAUCAAAACAUGUUCAACAAAUAUGUAGGAACGGUUCUCACGUUGUUUCUUUAAAGCCCAACCUAAUGGGAGUUGUUUCAGGAUGGGGUAAAAAGCCAGAUUGCAUUGAAACCAUCAAUGAACUUCAAGAAAUACAUGUUUCCAUUGAGGAAGACGCCAUUUGCCAAGCUAAACUUCCAGAAUCAUGUUUGCACUUUUUUACCGAUGAUAAAUUUUGCGCCAAAUUCAACCAGAGUGAUGUUCCAUGCCUGGGAUUAAGUGAAAGUGGUCUAUUUUUUAAGAAUAACGACGAAAGGUUUUAUAUUAAAGGAAUUUUAAGCACUGCCCCUCGUGAAAAUGGAACUUGUGAUCACCAGUAUGCAUUGUACACAAAUUUGGAUGAAUUUGAUAGUUUUAUAGAUAAAGUUUGUUAUGUACUGCGUGUUAGAGAACUUUUGGAUCAAAUGGUUCCUGAACAAUUGAUUAGACGAAGAAGAGCUCUACAUUGGCCAGCCAGAUCUCCAGAUUUGGUCCCCUUAGACUUUUUUACCUGGGGUCAAUUAAAAAUAUGUGGAGUUCAAGCAAUAAGUGGAAAAUUGGGACCAGAUUGUGGAUUGAAACAAACAAAUCUUGAAGGAAAAUCGAUUUAUCCAUGGCAAGUAGCCAUUUUCAGGAAGUUAAAUGGAGAGGAACAGUUUAUCUGCGGAGGAACAUUACUUACAACAAAGAUUAUUUUGACAGCCGCCCAUUGCGUAACAAAGGAAAAAGGCAAUGAUAUAGCUGUAUCACCAGAAGAUUUUACUGUUUUCGCUGGAAAAUCUUAUCUUGAUAAAGACGAAACCAGUGUUCAGUCUACCAAAGUUAACAAGAUAAUACCGGCUGAAUAUUGGAGAGGAUCAUUACAAAACUAUGCGUUUGAUUUGGCUUUAUUAAUUUUAUCCACAGAGUUUAAAUUAUCACAGGGAGUUCAAAUGAUUUGCAGGGAUACGUCCAAUGUUGUUUCCUUAACUCCCAAACAAAUAGGGAUUGUGAGUACUCACACAAAUAUUAAACAUUUCAAUAGGUUUGAUUUUAGAUUACUGGUUGGGGAAUAACUAAACCAGACCAAGUCAAAAUAUCAAAUGAACUCCAAGAAAUACCAAUUCCAAUUGUGGACGAAUCCGUUUGUAAGAAAGAUUUUCCAUCAUCGUUCUUGAAGUAUUAUUCCGAAGAUAAAUUUUGUGCUGGGUAUUACAACCAAACUAAAGGGGUGUGCCAAGGUUUUGGUGGUGCUGGCCUUUACUUCGAAAAGGAUGGUAGACAUUAUAUCAAAGGAAUUCUAAGUGUUUCUCCUGUUACAAAUGGAAAAUGUAAUCUUCAGCAGUAUGGUCUCUAUACGAAUUUGGCAAAGUUUGAUAGUUUUAUUGAUCAGGCAAUCAUCGAAAACGCCUAGAAGCUUGUUAAUUAUUAUGUGAUAAAUAAAUAAAAUUAUUUGUAAAA